AUGUCAAGCUCUCAAACAGUGACCGCAACGCGUAUCGAGAAGAGCGGCUGCUGCGAGGACCAUGGGCCCUACCAAAUUGAGAGAAUCCCCUAUCUCGGGACCUUUCCGUUGGACUCGCCCGUGGUUGUAGGCGCGCAUAUCCUAACCUGGGUGCUCUACUUCGCAUAUCUUGCAUGGCGAGUCCGGUUCACAUGGAGCUUGCCCGUGCCGAACGAUUCAGUCUGGCGCUUCCUGUGGCUCAACAUCCUAAUUGAGAUGAUGACCCUCGUGCCGGAAUUCGUGUCGCGAAUGGAGAUUUCCCUUCACGUUGCGUUCGGUCGGAAACCUGUGCAUCGUGAUUCGUAUCAUCUGCGAGGGGAGGAUGCUCCCUCAGUGGAUGUAUACAUUACCUGCUGCGGAGAGGACCUGGACGUGAUCAUGGAUACGGUUGCUGGGGCCGCGUCGCAGGACUACCCCCGGGAUAGCUUCCGUGUGUUUCUUCUAGAUGAUGCGAAGUGCCCCGAGGUGCAGGGAGCGGUUGAGCGAUUCAAUCGCAAACGAGCCCGCAACUUCCAGCGGGUCAUCUAUCUGGCACGCACGAAAACGCCCGGCAUCCCUCACAACUACAAGGCAGGCAACAUUCGGUUCGGGCUAGCAGAGGGGGCUCGACGGAACGGCGGUGCCGAGUACAUUGCCGCGUUGGACGCGGAUAUGAUUCCCGUGAAAGACUGGUUGCGACGCAUCGUUCCCCAUCUGUUGCUGGACAAGCAGGUAGCGAUGGCAGUGCCUCCUCAGCGAUUCUAUAAUACCCCCGACGACGAUGUCCUUGCGCAGGACUCCAAGGUGUUUUCCCGACUAACCGAGCCCAUCAACGAUAGUUUAGGGGGAACCUCUUGCACCGGGUCUGGAUAUGUUCUCCGCCGCAGUGCACUGGACAGCAUUGGCGGCUGGCCUCUGCAGAAUGCCGCAGAGGACAUAGUGUGUGCAUGGAUGCUGACCGGUCAAGGGUGGCAUAUCGCGUUCGUCAAGGAUGAAGUGCAGUUUGGUUUGGCGCCUGGAUCAUUGGCUGCCUUGUUCAAACAGCGCGCGCGAUGGACCGAUGGCAAUAUCCUCGCGUAUCAAAGGCUCGGUUGGUUUCUCUCCGGCGCCGAUCUUCGCAGCCAGAGGACCAUGUUGCAGCGCAUUAUUUGCUUGUGCCACGUAGUCAAGACCUACAUGGCGAUUCCCAACAGCGUCAUGGUCAUGCUCAUCCCAUGGGUUCUAAGCCCGGUCGAAUGGCCCAAGCACAUGGCCCCCACUACACCGAGACGCACGAUGCACCAAAUGUACCUUGUGCUCUUGAUAGCCACUCUGUUGCAAAAGUGGUGUUUCAUUGGUAUGCAUGAGCACGUCAGCAUCAAAGCUGCCAAACGCCUACAGGCGACCAAGUUCUGGAACAUGCCUUUGAACGUCGCACGCAUCGUGCGCUCGUGGAUUCCCGGAAAUGCCGUCGGUUUCGAUAUCACCGGAACCGUGGUCUCCUCAAUAAACGAACGCUCUGAGAGCCAUCGAAAGCCGAUUUGGGUCCGACUUCUCAACCCUACCGUGCUGAUGUAUGCGGGGUGGAUCGUCUACGCGCUCGUUCCCCUUGCAUUCCGGCUGCGCGUCUAUGCGGCAGGAGAGUCACGUCAUCUCGUUUCACCUAGCCCAGCGGCUGUCGUGUUUUUCUUUUCGGCGAUCAUGAAGUUGUCCAUUCCCGUGCAGUAUAUGGCAAGACCCCCGACGGUACCGGAUCGGCGGCGUCUACUGAACAAGGGGCCUGACGGGGUCUAUCGUGUGUCCGAGUCCAGGAAAACGGACUCCCUUGUCCAAUCUAAAGUGAGUUGGAAGGAUGUUGCAGAGAUUUCCAUCAUCCUGCUCGUGGGCUGGAGGGGAUUUUGA